AUGUCGUCUGCCAACAAUCGCGCCUCGCUAUUGUCCGGUCUGCGCACGGGCGGUGUUCGCACCAGUCCAAUCCCACAGACGGCUGCGAUCGGAGGCUCCUUCCAGCCCCCUCGCUUUGCCAGUGGCCUCCAUCACCAGACAGUCUACGAGGACGCUCUUGAUAACCAGAAUCCGUAUCAGUAUGGCGUCCCCAUGACCGCCGCAAUCGACGGGCGCGCUCCUCGGUUCCAGCAGCAGCAGCACCAGGCCCAUCAGCAGCAGCAGCAGCAGCAACAGCUCCUUUUGCAGCAGGCUCAGCUCGCUGCGAUGGGAGGCAUGCCGGGCAUGCAGCUCAACCCGAUGGAUCCCAUGCAGUCUCAGCUCCUUCAGCUCCAGCUCAUGCAAGCUAUGGUUGCCCAGCAACAACAGGCGCAAAAGCUUCAAGCCGAGAUUGCUCUUCAGCAGCAAGUCGCCAUGGCCAUCAACCAGAGGCAGGCUUCCGUCCGUAACACCAGCCGCAUCCCAUCCACUGCAGGACCCACCCAGACAUCGUUUGAUCUUGGUCUGAGCCCUCCAACUCAGUAUGCCCACGAACGGUCGCCUAUCAUCGAGGAGAAUGAAUAUAGCUCGAUGCCAAUGACCGCUGCACUCGGAGGCAAGUUUGGAAGCCGCUCCUUGUCGUCGGGCUUGAAUCCGAAUGCUCCCACAUUCAAGCUCCCCAACGAGACGCCCGAGCUUGCUCCUCCAGUCCCUGCAACGCCUUCGACGACCGUGGUCAUCUCUGGUGGUGUCACACUCGGCGGUGUCACUUCGGGAUCGACACCCGUGGCAUCCAAGUCUGAUGCGGCAACUUCUUGGAGACGCCCCUCGAAUGCCGCCGGGACGCAGCCUCGUAGCGUCAGCCCACCCAAGUCCUUGGGUCGCCAAUCCCCUGCGAGCAUCGAAAUUGCGUCCCCAGAGCAGGUUGCUAGGUACUCUCCUCCGACCAGGGAUGGUGCAGUUCCAAAGUACCGCCCUCAGGCUCUGCGUAUCAAGGAUCUCGAAGUUGCCAUGUCCAACAUUGAGAUUGACCAAGGUUAUCCGAGGACAAUUGUCAAGCCGCCUUCGCCGACUGGGUCCAAUUCAUCUGGAGACAGUUACAGGAAGCCAGUGGUGACCGUGCGCCCGAGUGUGCCGUUGCGCCAACCUCGUGGACCCCCUGCUGGUGCGGAAGAGUUGACGGUCAAGAACUUUGCCACGCGUGGAAAGAGGACUGCUAGCGCGCCUCUUGUUAUCGGACAAAUGUCGACACUCGUCGAGGCGUUCUGA